CUAGUGCAAGCGCACAAAGUGACCUCUUCGCGUUAAAAAUCAAGGUGAUACCACGUUCGGCUCCAAAAUCCGGCGCGGACCCUGAGCUGCGACCGUUCCCUAUACAGUAGCUUGUUUACGUGAACUCAUGCAACACCACAGACAACAAUGGAAGUCUCGCAGUCAGUGAAAGCAAGCCAGCAAGCGGUGGCAUCGCCGGACGGGAAGCACAUCGCCGCCGUCCACAGCAGCCGCCUAGAAAUACGGUGCGCGACAACUUCACAUCUCCUCAGAAGCAUGCACAUACCGGCGCACACUUGGGCGAUAAGAUGGGCUCCAGCAGAUCACCAUACCAGACUGUCGCAGCGGGUACUCGUGCAGAACGAGGAAUGCGUUCGCGUGUGGGAUCUGGCGGACGAAAAAUGGGCAGCAACGAUCAACAACGGCAGCGGUGGCAUGGGCAAGAUCUCCAAUGCGGAAUUUGGCAGAACGAAGGACGAGGCUCUCGUCUUCUCAGAGUUCAGUUCGAAAGUUACGGUGUGGUCGCUGCAGACGAGAAGAACGGUUGAGAUUCGCGACCCGAAGUUCUCCACAAAAGGCUUCGCGUAUCGGCCCAGCGGCGGCGUGUUCGCGCUGCUGUCGCGGCCCGGCGCACAAGACAUACUGACACUGCAUGCUCCCGAGACAUACAAGAUCAUGAGGACUGCGACGCUGCCAACAACAGAUGCCCAAGGCUUGAAGUGGAGCCCUGAUGGACGAUGGAUCGCCGUGUGGGAGACGCCGAGCAUUGCAUACAAAGUCCACAUAUAUACGGCAGAUGGUCAUCUGUAUCGAACGUAUGACGGGAGCGGCGAAGAUGGUCUUCAAGGGUUGGGCAUCAAGAGCUUGGAAUGGAGCCCACGAGGUGACUACCUCGCGCUUGGAGGACAUGAUAGAAGAGUUACACUGCUCAGCACCCGAACGUACUCGCCUCUGGUAUUUCUCGAUCACACACAAACCAUACAGCUCAAAGAAGGCUACCUGGUGUGGGAAGAGCAAGUUUCCGCGUCUUCGGGCCGCACAUACAACACGGUGACUCAACCCGUCUCGCCACCAGCAGCCUCUGUAGCACCAGCAGAUCAGCUACAGAAACUUGGGAUGUCCAUCUUGUCCUUCAACGCGGACGGCUCAAUGCUUGCAACGAGGGACGAUUCAAAGCCGACAGCCGUGUGGCUCUGGGAUCUCUCGAAGCUCGUUGCUCGCGCAGUUUUGAUUCAGCAUUUCCCCAUCAAACACGUCUCGUGGCAUCCUCACAUCUCCUCGCUACUCCUCAUACAGUGCACUCACGAGGAGUCAACGAUCUACAUAUACGAUACAGCCACAUCUCUCCCGCACGCCGUGCAGCUUCCGUUCCAGAAGUCGUCAGGCAAGGUGGACGCGCGGUGGAUUCGCACCGGUCCAGACAAGAAACCGGCACUUACGUUCGGAGACAGCGGCAGUUUCCUUGUCGCAUGGCCGGACGGUAAGGAUGUCAUCUUGAGAUUCGACGAUGACAGCCAUGACGAAAGUGACGAUUCCUUGUUCGAAAUUCUCACUGGAAGAUCGCCUACCAAGACAAAGGUCGACAACACAGAGCUUUUGAUCAGCCACACGCUCGAAGAACCGAGCGAAGUGAUGGAUGACACGUUCAUGGGACGCGGCCGUCUGGCUGUUUCGUAACGACGUUUUGGUUUCGGUUGGUUCUGAUGGUCCGUUUCGCUUCAAUUGAGAUACCCAAGAAUGAGAUCCCAAAUUUCCGUG